CCUUGAUUGACUGGGCCUGGGUUUAUAUCAUAGCUAGCUGACUGAACUUGGGAAAAUCUGGACCCUGAGUGAAUUGAUAUUUAAACCCUUGAUUCCUCUUCCUCUUCCUCUUCCUCUUAUCUAGUAAUCCAAGAUUACCUACCUACAUACCACAUUCUAUACCUAUUCUAUAAUCCUCAUAUACCUACUUUAUCCACCUAAACCUACCUACAUCCUUCAAAUCAAUUUUUGAAGAAAUAAAGGGAUUGAAAAUGUCCGCCCCCAACGCCGGCCGCCAAUCGCCCUCCCCCGAGCGCCAAUCCGGCGCCCAGCAACAAGACCCUCCCUCGCAGGGCAAAGCCCAGCCUCAAUAUGCGCCGCCCGAACAUGACGUCCAGGAUCAGGCGGCCCAGACGGCUGGAUUGUCCAGUAACCCCAAGCAUCCGUUGGAGGAUAUAGAGAGUGCGAAAAUCGGCGGCUCCCUCUACCCCCACCUCGACGCCUCCUCCUUCAUCCUCUCCCAAAUCCCCCACAACCCCGACACCACCGGAACCAUCACUCCGUCCUCGCUCUCUCUCGCCUACCAACUCUCCAACAUCUACUUCCUGCUCGCGCUGCUCGGCGUCGCGCUGAUCCACAGCACCUCGGAGCCCAAAGUCCUGAGAAACUACCUGGUGUGUUUGGCGGUGGCGGAUCUCACGCAUAUUCUGGCUGCGGGGUGGUCCAUGGGGUGGGAGCGGUUCGUGGAUGUGGCGGAGUGGAAUGCGCUGACGUGGGGGAAUGUGGGUGUUACGGCGGCACUCUUUGGGUCUAGGAUGGUGGUGCUGGGGGGUGGGUUUGGGGGUGUGGGUGGUGGUGAGAAGGUGAAGAGGAAGGGACAGUGAAUUUGGUUCUAUUGAUGUACAUACAGUGUAGGUAGUAUGGGAUGGAUAGAUGGAUAGAUGGAUAUCGGGGACCCGGGGAUUAUCAAUCGCCGUUGUAAGUAGUCAGUCACACUAGUCAGUAGACAACUAAACAG